AUGCCAGCGUUGCUGUGGCUGUUGCUACUGCUUGUGGCCUUGAUGAUGGCCCUCACUAGCAGCGCUACCCUACGAAAGCAUGCUUUUAUCUGGUUCUCGUACGCGACGAUCACGGGCUGGUAUUACUUUCGCGUGUUAUACAAGAAAUACUGGAGCAACAACAAUAAGGACGACGUGACAUCCCUGCGCUCUAGCAACAGAAGCAGCAGUAGCAAAAGCCUCACGCCUUCAUCCAGGAAAGCCGUCGAAAGCCUGUUUGAUCCUCAUCUCGUUUACGUUGAGCCACGUGAGGUGGCUGAGCAGCACCAGUUGGAACGUAGUGGCUCAAGCAGCUUGAGCGACUCGGUUUCCAGCGGCAGCUAUGACGACAUUGCUGCGACCCCGACCAAGCACAAGAGACGAUUUCUUCGUAGUCGAAGGAAGGCUGCGGCUGAAGAAGCCAUGCGCCGUGUGAGUGACACAAGCUCGACAGAUUUUCUUCUUAAUUUCGGGACGUACACUGGGCGAAAGAAGCCCGUGUCGUGGGAAGAUUGA